AUGCCCAAACCUAAUAAAAGACAAAUUCACAUUGCAAAACUAGCCCAAAACAAAAGACGAAGUAGUGAUCCAACACAUGUAGAUAAUGUCCCAAAUACCAAUGAUGAUGAUAUGAAUAUGAAUAAAAUUGAAAAUUUUACCAUUGUAAAUAACAUUUCAAUAAAAAGCAGGCCUUUUUAUAUGGGAAAUUCAAUCAGAACACAACAAAGACGUUCCAAAGUGUUGAGAGAUGCAGCAAUUGGAUCUUCUAAAAUUACUGAUUUUUUCAAUAGUCAAACUCCUAAUAGAUAUCAAUCUGUUGAUGAUGACAAAGGUGAUGACUGGAAAAAUAGAAUAGAUUCUGUUGAAGAGGCUCUUAGAAACCCUGAUUUAGACAAUGGUGCAAAGUCUAGAUUAACAGCAAUUGGGAUGUAUUUUAGAAAUUUAGAUGAUGGUAAAAAAAAGGUUGAAGCAAGUGAGAUAGUGGCAGUAUCUCUAGGUUGGACAAAAAAUUAUAAAAGUAAAUGUAUUAGAGCGUGGGCCAAACAAUGGAUCAGAAAUAAUACUGUACCUACUUCAAUGAGAGGAAAACAUCCUAAAAUACAAAGCCUAUGGAAUCAUGAAGACAUUGCUGCUCAAGUAGGAAGUUAUAUACGAUCUAACAAAUUUGAUAUAACACCCAAAAAUUUAUGUGAGCAUGUUAAUGGUACAAUCUUGCCAAAUAUAGGUGUGGAUAAUGAAGAUAAGAAAAUAUCUGAAUCAACUGCAGCAAGAUGGCUUAGAAGAUUAGGAUGGAAGUUUGUAUAG